UCAUAUGAUCCUUGAAAGGUUAGGUAAAGCUGGAGGUACCUAAUGGAUUAUUCGGGUAUCGGGCAUUUGUUCAACCGCGGGGUACCCGUAGUAAAAGUUCGGGUGCCGUCGGCCAAAUCUGGGGUUUGGUUAUUCCAAAGGACAAUUCCGAAGGACACCGAAAUCUUCCCCCUACAGCUUCCAUGUUCAAAUCGCUACCUACCUCAUAUGUAAUUACGAAAGUACACAUCUCGCUUUUGAAUUAUAUUUCUUGCUGCUGCUUAGUGACUCAGUGACACCUCGAAUCAGGAUCGACAAGAAUAGACUAACACCGCGCGCCAUGUUUCGUCGAGUGGUAACUCGAGCUCCUCGAAGAGCUACCCUCCCUGUCCACCCCUCGUACCGUAUUAAUUUGUCGAGGUGUCUCUCUCAUACACCAGCUAGAAUGACAUUACCUACCGUCAACCCGCCCGUGUCUACUGUACUUCCGUCCGACUCGUUCCAGCUUCUACCCGAAGCUAGCAAGGCCGGCGCCGCAGAGGAUGCCCUCUAUGAGCAGCAGAUUAAAGAUGUCGAAGCGUGGUGGGCAUCGCCCAGAUACGAAGGCAUCAAGAGACCAUACACUCCGGCCGACGUCGUGUCAAAGAGAGGAUCGCAGCUUCAGAACUACCCUAGCUCUUUAAUGGCAAGAAAGCUUUUCAAUCUGAUCAAGGAGAGGGAAGCAAAGGGAGAACCGAUACAUACUAUGGGAGCGAUCGAUCCCGUACAGAUGACGCAACAAGCGCCGCAUCAAGAAGUGCUCUACAUAUCCGGAUGGGCCUGCUCCUCCGUCCUCACCAGCACCAACGAAGUAUCACCGGACUUUGGCGACUAUCCAUAUAAUACCGUACCAAACCAGGUCCAACGACUCGCGAAGGCGCAAUCGAUGCACGAUCGAAAGCAGUGGGACUUGCGACGGAAGAUGACACCAGAGGCUAGAAAGGAAACGCCGUACAUCGACUAUCUCCGCCCUAUCAUCGCAGAUGGCGAUACGGGACACGGCGGAUUGAGCGCGGUGCUCAAGCUAGCCAAGUUAUUCGCUGAGAACGGUGCCGCCGCCGUUCAUUUCGAGGAUCAGCUCCACGGCGGUAAGAAAUGCGGUCACCUAGCGGGUAAGGUGUUGGUGCCUAUAGGCGAGCACAUCAACCGCCUCAACGCUGCGCGCUUCCAGUGGGACGUUAUGGGUUCGGAGAACCUCGUCAUCGCACGUACCGAUUCGGAAAGCGGAAGACUUAUAUCAAGCGCCAUCGACGUCAGAGACCACGAAUUAAUUCUCGGCGUUGCGGAAGAGGGUAUUGCACCUCUCGCAGAGACCUUGCAAGAGAUGGAGGCCGCAGGCGCGUCGGGAGCAGAAAUAGACGCAUUCGAAGCCGAUUGGGUCAAGAAAACGCGGCUGGUAACCUUUGACGAGGCCGCCGUCGAGCAGCUGAAAUCUCAGGGAGUGUCGCAAGACAAAAUCGACUCGUACUUGAGAGCUGUCGAAGCGGAUGCGGACAUGGGCAUAACGAAACGCCGCGAGAUCGCAAACAGGUACGCCGGCAAGCCGAUCGUCUUUGAUUGGGACAUCCCCCGCACCCGAGAAGGAUUUUAUCACUAUCGCGCAGGCAUGAAAGCCGCCACGAAACGAGCUAUCGCUUUUGCACCUUACGCCGACCUUUUAUGGGUUGAAACCGGCGAUCCGAACGUCGAGGUGGCAACCAAGCUCGGCCGUACGGUCAGGCGGGCAUUUCCCGGAAAGGGCCUCGUAUACAACCUGUCGCCCUCUUUUAACUGGAUGGCCCAUGGUUUCACCGACGCCAAGCUGAAAUCUUUCAUCUGGGACAUCGCCAAGGAAGGGUUUGUGCUACAAUUGAUCUCGUUGGCUGGUCUGCACAGCACCGCCACUAUCACAAACGAACUUGCGAAAGAGUACAAGAAAGACGGUAUGCUAGCGUACGUUAACCUCGUACAGCGUCGCGAGAAAGAGCUUGGCUGCGACGUUUUGACGCAUCAGAAGUGGAGCGGAGCUAGUUACAUCGACGGCAUCCUAGGUGCCAUUCAAAGCGGAAGUAGCUCGAGUAGGAGUAUGGGAGAGGGAAAUACCGAAGGGCAAUUCCACUAGAGUGUGGUGUUUCGUCUACUAUGUACAAUUCCUUCGCCUGUUUUAUCCGCCGAUCGUUCUCGUCGUAGCGACGGAGUCUAGGAACGGCAUCUCUUACCAAUUCUUUACGGUUAGAUACUUCUGUGCGUAUAGAGCGGAGUGGGUUACUAUGGAUGUUGGAGUAUCUUUUGCUGUUCGCGUAGGGCUGUACAGUUACGAGACCUGAUUACGAG